AUGCCUGUAUGGGGCUGGCCUCUGAUUCUUGUCAACGCCAUCAUCUUGCUCCCCAUUUCAUUCUUUAUCAACUACACCCUCUUCCACAUCUACCCCGUCUUCACCAUCAUUGAAGAUGAGAACCCUCCUGCCUACGAACCCCUUCCCACCAGCGGAAAUGGCGUUGACGAGGAGGCCGCUGCUGGCUCUACCACCAAGCCUACUGAUGGCGCCGCCCGCACAGUGACCUCUUCUCUCCGUUCCAUCAACCGCCUUCUCACCUCGUAUGGUGGCGUCCGCAGCAACGCGCGUGGUUUCAUGUGCGCCUUCACCCAGAGCGUCCUCACAGGCAUCGUCGCCUCCAUCUUCUCGUGGGGUCCCGUCAAGCCCUUUGCCGAACUCCUGGCCUCCCUGGUUAUGGUCCAGUUCGCCACUGCUUGGGUUCACAUUGUCAUCUCGCAGCCCUCUCCUCGGAGGUUCUGGCGCCGCCUGCCCCCUUUCAAGCGUGCCUUUGAUGCCACCUGGAAGGCCAUCGUCAUUUACUGGGCCGCAACCCAGGUGCACAAGUGGGUUCCCUACCUGCUUGCCGUCCUCAUUGGCUUCGAUGCCCCGACCAUGGACAACCUCAAGUCCGGCGGCGCUAAUGACGCUCUCCGCGACGGCGACAUCUCCUAUCUCAUCAAGGCCACCGUCUACAUCCUCCUCAGCACGAUGCUCUACGUCGUCGUCAUCAUCCCCGCCCGCGUUGUCGUCGUCCGCAUCCAGGCUUCGCUCCUGCCCGAGGACGAAGACCCCAUCAUCCCCUUCGACCGAUCCUUCGACGGUAAGGUUGAGCCCGCUGUUGUUGGUGGACUCGGCUAUGCCACCAUUUCCGACGCUUGGUCUACCUUUUCCAAGGCCGCCUGGCGACGCGUGGUUAUCCUUUACGUCAAGAUUGUGGGCAUCUUCGCCUUCGUUUCUCUUUUGUCGUGGGCCAUUCUUCUCCCCACCUGCCUCGCCAUUAUCAAGGCUGGCUCAAAGAGCACAUAA